AUGUCAGAAGCAGAUCCCCAUCACCAUCAUCACCAGUCCGGGACGCCGAACCGGAUCGGUAAGUACCAGAUUGUCAAGGAUUUGGGCGAAGGGUCGUUUGGUAAGGUCAAAUUGGCCUAUCAUACGGCCACUGGUCAACGAGUGGCCCUCAAGAUGAUCAACAGAAAAACCCUCUCCAAGUCAGACAUGCAGGGUCGAAUUGAGCGGGAGAUUUCGUAUUUAAGGCUUCUGAGACACCCGCACAUCAUCAAGUUGUACGACGUGAUCAAAAGCAAGGACGAAAUCAUCAUGGUUAUCGAGUUUGCGGGCAAGGAGUUGUUUGAUUACAUUAUCCAGAAUGGACGCAUGAAGGAGGACCAGGCCAGACGGUUUUUCCAACAAAUCAUUGCGGCGGUUGAUUAUUGCCAUCGUCACAAAAUCGUGCAUAGAGAUCUCAAGCCGGAGAAUUUGUUGCUUGACGACCAGUUGAACGUGAAGAUUGCCGAUUUCGGGCUGAGUAACAUCAUGACCGACGGAAACUUCUUGAAAACCAGUUGCGGGUCGCCAAACUAUGCUGCUCCGGAGGUGAUUUCGGGCAAAUUGUACGCUGGUCCCGAGGUGGACGUCUGGUCCUGCGGUGUCAUAUUGUACGUGAUGUUGUGUGGUCGAUUACCGUUUGACGACGAGCUGAUCCCCGCAUUGUUCAAGAAGAUCAGCAACGGUGUGUACACGCUGCCGCACGACUUGUCGGACGGCGCGAAACAUUUGCUGACGAAAAUGCUGGUGGUGAACCCGCUCAACAGAAUCACAAUCAAGGAGAUUCUAGAAGAUGAAUGGUUCAAGGUCGAUCUGCCAGAGUACCUGCUGAACCAGGACGAGCCCGAGAGAAAGUUCAAGUUGGAGGACGUGGACGAGAAGGUGGUGAACGCAUUGUCGAUCGCCAUGGGCUACUCGCGCGAAGAAAUCAUCGACGCUAUCAAGAUCGGCCGCAAGCCAGAAACACAGGAAAUUUUGGAUAGCUACCAACUGGUGAAGGACAACAAGGUUCUUGUGGAGGACAUCAACAAACAGGCACAGUCGAGCAACUUGGCAGACCCGCUCAAUCCAAGAUGGCGCACCCCAACCAAUAUCGAGUACUCCAAGCAGGACAGCACCACAAACUACACCCCUAGUUCCACGAUUGCCAUUUUGACGUCGUCUCUCCCGCAAAUCCACAGAGCAUACAUGGUGCAGUCGCGACCGGAGCUGGCGUCGAUCCAGCCGAUCUCCACCAAGAAGUCGAAGACCAGAUGGCAUUUUGGUAUCCGUUCGAGAUCGUAUCCGUUAGACGUUAUGGGAGAAAUCUACCGUGCAUUACAGAACCUGGGAGCCGAGUGGGCCCGGCCAUCCGAAGAAGAGUUAUGGACAAUCAAAGUCCGCUGGAAGUACGUUGUUCCCGACAAUUCACAAGACGCCGACCUGAUGAAGAUGCAGAUCCAGCUGUUCCAAUUGGAACCAAACAAUUAUCUGGUUGACUUCAAGUUUGACGGCUGGGAGUCGUCGAGUCCGUCCACGACCGCCACUUUAGAGGACAGGCAGCACGACUCCGACGAGAUUUCGUCCUUCAGCGCAUACCCAUUCCUCCACCUGGCCACCAAACUCAUCAUGGAGCUUGCUGUCAACAGUCAAGGUUAA